UGAAAAGUGUUGACAAUCCAAUUAAAAUGUGUAGUAAAUUUUUGAUAAUUCUAUAUUAAGGAAAACUAAAGAUUGGCAAUAAAACAACACAUUUUCACUUGAAACCUUGACGAGUUCUUUCGACCAAAUGGGGAUUGGAUUGCCCUCGCACAUCGAUCAGGGCCUCCUGUUUGGCUCGCUGGGCCUGUGGCAUCUCUCUAACACGCUGGUAAGCUUCGCCAAAUCCCCCAAUGCCUUCAAGCGCCGGACGUGGUUCCCCCUCCCAAUCCCAUCGCUCCCAGCCGCGCUGCGAUGCCUGGAGCUCUGGAUCCUCCUCCUCGCCGUGCUCAUCUUCCUCGCCACGCAAAUCUCCCACAUCACCGGCGACCUCCGCCGCGGCCACAUCCCAUCCGCGCACCUCCAGCGCCUCCAGCACAUCACAUUUGGGAUGUUCUUCCUGGCCUACACGAUCACCGGCCUGGCGAGCGAGAUCUCCGGCCGCCUCCCCCUGCCCGAUGGCGCGCUCCAUGGCAUCUUCGCGCUAGGGUUCCUGAUGGAGCUCUUCGUCUUCCACUUGGGCCAUCACCCGGGCGACACACUGGAGAGCUUUGUCCACAUGCUCAUGCAAGUCGUACUGGCGGGGCUGGUUUUGGCCAUGGCGCUGGAGAUCGCGCAUCCGUACAGCUUCCUCGCCUCCACCGUCCGAUGCAUGCUCCUGGCGCUCAAGGGCUCGUGGUUCUUCCACAUUGGCUUGCUCCUCAAUUACCCUAGAUUCCUGCCGCUCGGCUGUGGCGCGCACCCGGGCGGGGGAUUCCCGGUGUGCGCGAGCGCCGACCUCCUGCGGGCCAAAUCGAUCCAGGUGCUGGUGUUCGGAUGGCACGCGCUGGGGAUUCUCGUGGCGACCAUCGCUGGGUAUGCGUUUCUUGUGGGUUUCCAUGGCGGAGGCGUGGCGAUGGAGCGCUACCAGCGCAUUGGGUCGCGGCCUGGGGUGUUACACACCAUCGAGGAGCUGGAGAUCAAGAGCGAGGAGGUUGCUACUCCUGCUCCGCGGAGCUUGUCGCGGAGGAGGAGCUACAAAGAACGCCCUGAUGCAAAACGAAAAAAAGAAUCUUCUCAUCCUUCGUGGCCACCUGUUUGGGCAUGCCCCUUUGCUACAGACGUCAUGCAAACGUACGUGUAGGGUGACCGAGAGAGCGCGAUGGACUACGCAGCGCCCCCCAAACCUGAGGAAAACCAUCAGCAGGAGAUCUUGUUAGAACACGGGAGACACGAAGAACAAUCUAAGCCCAUUUAUAUCACUCUUAUUGAAAAUGAUUAAUUUUUCUGGUUUUAAUUUA